CUGCGUGCUGCUGUUCGGCGGAGAGAAACGCACAUCGCACCUUCGUGUACUUUGGUGAACUAUAAAACCACUCUGUCUCAGGUGUAUCGCCUUGAAGAGACGCGGGAAGAGCUGGAGGAAUUCCAGAGCGGCAGCCGAGAGCUUGAGGCGGAGCUGGAGGCUCAGCUGGAACAGACUGAAAGUCGGUGCUCCGAGUACCAGUCACAGCUGAAUCGCCUGGCCAUCGAAAACGAUUCCCUCAAGGAACGGUUGGAGCGUCUACACAAUGAAUUCAACGGGCAAGUGUCAUCCCUACAAGGGGAAUUAUCAGAAAUUAAGAAUAUCAAAGAGGACCUCACACGCUACAUCCGGGAGCUUGAGCAAGCAAAUGACGAUUUGGAAAGAGCUAAAAGGGCGACAGUGACAUCCUUAGAGGACUUUGAGGCUAGGCUUAAUUUAGCGAUUGAGCGAAAUGCCUUCCUGGAGUCUGAGCUUGAUGAAAAGGAGGCGCUGAAGAUUAUGGUGCAAAGACUGAAGGACGAAGCCAGAGAUCUUCGGCAGGAGCUGAGUGUAAAGAACAAGGACGACGACGAGCCAGAUAAUGACAAGGCUCUGCAACACCAGCAGAAUAAUCACCUGCACCUUCAACCUCCACCCAAGUUACAGCCUCCUCCUCAGACAGUCUCUGAUGAAAAUGUUGAUUCCAAUAAACUUGUUUCCAGCACACAGCUCACAGAUUCUGUUCCAAGCACACCUGUAAAAACACACCCUUUGCACAACAUGAACAAUGGAAGUGUACCAAUGACGCCAUCAGCAAGGAUAUCAGCUCUCAAUAUUGUGGGAGAUCUUUUAAGAAAAGUGGGGGCACUGGAGUCGCGUCUAGCCUCGUGUCGUACACUCGUGAAGGACAACCAGCGCCCCCUCAGCCUGCCUCCACCCGGCAACCACUCUGCCAGAAAGAACCAGCUGACAUGCGGCUCCCCCACCAUCCCCACCACUGUGAUUCCUGCGUAGAGCUACCAUACACCAAAAUUGAUUCCCAGACAGACUCAAGAGGGAGAGUAGCUGAACGCCUCAAGGAUAGACCACGCAUUCCAAAACAGUGCUCGAUAUCGUUAAGGAAAAGCCAGAUAACGAAUGAUAUAAAUGGCAUUGCUUUUA